AUGGCGGCUGCAGAGGGACCGGAGGCUCGCUGUCCGGACGAGUCUUCAGACAGUGAGCCGGAGCAGGAGCCCGGAUCCCUGCAGAAACUCAUCCGGAAAGUUUCCACGUCCGGACAGAUCCGCAGCAAGACGGUGCUGAAGGAGGGUUUUCUGCAGAAACAGACAAACUCCUUCCAGCGCUGGAAGAGACGCUACUUCAAACUGAGAGGACGAACGCUGUACUACGCUCAGACCGCCAAGUCGAUCAUCUUUGACGAGGUGGAUCUGACGGAUGCCAGCGUCGCCGAGUCGAGCACCAAGAACGUCAACAACAGCUUCACCGUCAUCACCCCUUGCAGGAGACUCACUCUGGUAGCAGACAGCAGGAAGGAGAUGGAGGAGUGGAUGGCAGCGCUGCGCAGCGUGCAGAACACACACAACUACGAGUCCACUCAGUAUAGCAUGGAUCACUUUAGUGGGACUCAUAACUGGUUCGCCUGCUCUCACGCCCGACCAACGUACUGCAAUGUCUGCAGGGAGGCUCUUGGGGGGGUCACCUCCACCGGCCUGUCCUGUGAAGUCUGUAAGUUUAAAGCCCAUAAGCGCUGUGCAAUCAGAGCCACUAACAACUGUAAGUGGACGACACUGGCUUCCAUCGGGAAGGACAUCAUCGAGGACGAGGAUGGGGUCUCCAUGCCUCACCAGUGGUUGGAGGGGAACCUCUCUGUGUCGGCGAAGUGUUCAGUUUGUGAGAAAACGUGCGGCAGCGUCCUGAGGCUGCAGGACCUGAAGUGUCUGUGGUGCAAAGCUAUGGUGCAUGCGGUUUGUAAAGAUCAGCUGUCCUCUAAAUGUCCUCUGGGUCAGUGCAAGGUGUCCGUCAUCCCCCCUACAGCGCUGAACAGCAUCGAUUCUGACGGGUUCUGGAAGGCAUCCUGCCCCCCCUCCUGCACCAGUCCACUGCUGGUCUUUGUGAACUCUAAGAGUGGAGACAACCAGGGGGUGAAGUUCCUGCGACGUUUCAAACAGCUGCUGAACCCGGCACAGGUGUUCGACCUGAUGAACGGGGGGCCACACCUAGGUCUGCGUCUGUUCCAGAAGUUUGACACCUUCAGGAUCCUGGUGUGUGGAGGGGACGGCAGCGUCGGCUGGGUUCUGUCUGACAUCGACGCUCUGACGCUGCACAAACAGUGUCAGCUGGGGGUUCUUCCUCUGGGCACCGGGAACGAUCUGGCCCGGGUUCUGGGUUGGGGUUCAGCCUGCGACGACGACACGCAACUGCCUCAGAUCCUGGAAAAACUGGAGAGAGCCAGCACCAAGAUGUUAGACAGGUGGAGUAUUAUGGUCUAUGAGACCAAGUUUCCACAGCAACACUCAGCCUCCACAGUGGACUGCAGCGAUGACUCAGAGGUACAGGAGAUUCUCACCUACGAGGACUCAGUGGCAGCUCACCUGUCCAAGAUCCUGACCUCAGACCAGCACUCUGUGGUCAUCUCCUCUGCCAGGGUUCUGUGUGAAACGGUAAAGGACUUUGUGGCUCGGGUUGGUAAAGCUUAUGAAAAGAACAGAGAAAGCUCAGAGGAGUCCGAGGCCAUGAGCAAAAAGUGUGUUGUGUUGAAGGAGAAGCUGGACUCGCUGCUGAAGACUCUGAGUGAGGAGUCUCAGGCCUCUCCCCCACCCCACCCGGCCCCUCCCCCCACCAUCGCUGAGGAGGAGGAGGGAGAUCUGCCUCCUCUUCAUCAUCUUAAUCUUCAUCAUCCUCCUCCUCACUGCUCCCCGAGGACCAGCGCUGCAGCUGCCAUCUUCAAACCCCGAGAGCAGCUGAUGCUGAGAGCCAACAGCCUGAAGAAGGCCAUCAGACAGGUCAUCGAGCACACCGAGAGAGCGGUGGACGAGCAGAACUCUCAGACCCGGUUCUCUCUCGGGGGGGAGGAGGGUCUGAUGGAGGAGGAAGAGGAGGAUAAGAUGUCUCUGCAGUCGUCCUGCAGUGCCAAGAGGUCCCACAGAGUGAGUAAGACGCCUUGUGAGAAACUGAUCAGUAAAGGCUUCCUGUCUACUGGCAGCUCUUCAUCACUUCCUGUGCAGACAGGAAGUAGGGAGAACAUGCUGAACUCAAAGAUCCUCUAUCCAGGUCUCUCCAGCAGCUCUGUUAUCAGUCGUCUGUUCGUGAACGCUGACCCAUUCAGCUUUGACCCUGAGAACAUGGACUGCUACACAGAGAAGUGUGUGAUGAACAACUACUUUGGGAUCGGUCUGGACGCUAAGAUCUCUUUGGACUUCAACAACAAGAGAGACGAACACCCCGAGAAGUGCAGAAGCCGAACUAAGAACUUGAUGUGGUACGGAGUACUGGGAACCAAAGAGCUGCUGCACAGAACCUACAAGAACCUGGAGCAGCGGGUUCUGCUGGAGUGUGACGGCCGUCCCAUCCCCCUCCCCAGUCUGCAGGGCAUCGCUGUGCUGAACAUCCCGAGUUACGCCGGAGGAACCAACUUCUGGGGAGGAACCAAAGAGGACGACACGUUCACCGCCCCCUCCUUCGAUGACAAGAUCCUGGAGGUGGUGGCUGUGUUCGGGAGCAUGCAGAUGGCCGUGUCCCGAGUCAUCAACCUGCAGCACCACCGCAUCGCACAGGUACUACCUUCAGAGAGUUCCCGUUCUUCUUCUGUGGUAAAUGACGUGUGGGGGGAGGGGUGGGUUCAGGUCCCGGUUUAUGUAAACAUGAUGCACAUGUACUACACACGUACUAAAACUGUGUCACGUUUCUACACACGUAUCAAUGCGUUUGAAAGCACCCUGAAGUCCUGGGAGAACAAACAGAGGUGUGAGUUCCCCCCCCCUCAUCCCCCACUCUCCUCACAGCCAGAGAUCCUCUCAGAAGAAGAGGCGUCACUUGUCAGCGAGUUCGGACGGGCAGCCGGGGCACUCAUACACAGUAUCCGUGAGGGGGCUCAGUCCCACCCCCCCCUGGAGCAGGAACUGGCUCACGCAGUCAACGCCAGCUGCAAGAGCAUGGACCUGGUGUACGCCAAGAGCCCCGAGGCUCUGAGCUGCAGUCUGGUUCUUCAGAUGGUCGAAGACGUCAAAGCUCUGCUCAGUGAGACGGAGCUUCUGCUGGCCGGGAACAUGUCCAUGCAGCUGGACCCCCCCCAGCAGCAGCAGCUGGACUCUGCUCUGCUGUCUGUGGAUCAGCAGCUCAGACGGCUGGCCGACGUCCCCUGGAUGUUCCCUGCCAUCGAGGGUCCCCUCACUGAUUUCUCUAAACGGAGUCGCAGUGCGAAGUUUCGUCUCGUCCCGAAGUUUAAAAAAGAAAAAAACAACAAGAACAGAGAGACAUCUACCUGUCUGUCUCUACCAGUUCAUCAGUGGGGGACAGAGGAGGUGGGUGUCUGGCUGGACUUCCUGUGUCUCUCAGAGUAUAAAGACAUCUUCAAUGGACAUGACGUCCGCGGAGCUGAGCUCAUCCACCUUGAGAGGAGGGACCUGAAGGACCUGGGUGUGACGAAGGUGGGUCACAUGAAGAGGAUCCUGCAGGGCAUCAGAGAGCUGAACAGGAACAGCAGCGCCAGCGAGGCCUGAGGAGAUUCCUCCUGGAUAAUAUGUGAUACCGGUCUGUGACAUCUGAAACUCGCUGUGAUUGGAUGGGGCUCGGUGGUCAGAACCAAUCAGCUGAUCCGGAAUGCCUAAACAUGAAUCGACCAGCAGUGAGCACUGAGCAACAACCCAUAACUAAAGAGCAUCACUUCAUCAUUAUUAACAUAACAUUUAUUACCAUUAUUAUUAGUAUGAACAGAGUGGCCUUAAUGUGACUUCUGCAUAUCUUCAGGGAACAGUGAACCCAGAGCCGGUUUAGGGUCCAUAUGGACGAUAUUACCCCAAUAUACUCUCUGCUACAGACUACAGUUGAUUACAGUGGUUAGAAACCUCUCCAUGACUACAGUCGAUUACAGUCGUUAGAAACCUCUCCUCGACUACAGUCGAUUACAGUCGUUAGAAACCUCUCCAUGACUACAGUCGAUUACAGUCGUUAGAAACCUCUCCUCGACUACAGUCGAUUACAGUCGUUAGAAACCUCUCCAUAACUACAGUCGAUUACAGUCGUUAGAAACCUCUCCAUGACUACAGUCGAUUACAGUCGUUAGAAACCUCUCCAUGACUACAGUCGAUUACAGUUGUUAAAAACGUCUCCAUGACUACAGUCGUUAGAAACCUCUCCUCGACUACAGUCGAUUACAGUCGUUAGAAACCUCUCCAUGACUACAGUCGACUACAGUCGUUAGAAACCUCUCCAUGACUACAGUCGAUUACAGUCGUUAGAAACCUCUCCUCGACUACAGUCGAUUACAGUCGUUAG